UACUAUUGCGUCGAAGCGAGACUAGCCACGAGCCCUGAUUAAUAAUCGGUCCAGUUCACUUCUCGGAAACGAAAAAUGUCUAUCGGGAGAAGCAUGGCUGUCACCUUUUCCCAUCGGAGUCAAGAAUUUUCCGGGUUUUCCAUAUGAUUUUGUUGCUUCACUCUCAGCUAGCAGAAAAUUUUUAACUUUGUGUUGAGUACAAUUGUUUAAAAUAUAUAUAAAUACCUGGAGAUUGAAUGAUUAACUAGUUUUUCCACAGAGAGAACGGUUUUAUACAUUUAGAAGAUGAAUUCGUGCACUAGAGGAGCGUCAUCUUUCCCGGAAGAAGUGAAUAAGUGAGGGUGGUCAGGUACUGGAAUGAAAGGUGUGAAUUACGACUACUGAAUGGAGUUUGAAUGUCGUGUUUGGAGUGUGAUGAUGAAGCUAUUGCUAGUGGUGAUGUCACCCAUCUGCUCCAACUACUUCACUGACACCGAGAAGUCCAAAACCGCAGGAAUUUGGUGCCACCAUGAGUGUUGUGAUAAGUAAAAAAUGGAAAACUUUCUGCGAAACGAUGAAGUUGUCAGCAUGUGUUGUCUCAUGAGAUUUCACCGACUCCCAUCGGCCGUAAAAUGUACGAAUUUAUUACCAGGGAUGAACAUGAAAUGCUGAAUUUGACGUCCUGCCAGUCGGCCGCAGAGUCUGAAGGAAGAAAAUGUGAAUUGUCUUCUUUAACUUUGAUCCUGUUGUAAUAAUGCAGUCCUUAGUGACAUAGUAUUCCUUGAUGCACGUCAGGGAUUCGGUGGAGACUACGUAGACGAAUAUAUUGGUAUAAAUUUAUUCAGUGGUGAGGAGAAGUCUAAUAUUUCGCCAUGUGGGUCAUCACGAGAAUCUUCUUCUUGCUGAUCAUCACUCAUAUUCAUGCCCUCCCUGACAUCAUCAGGAUCGGAGGCCUAUUCCAUCCAGUGGAUGAUAAACAAGCCGUUGCAUUUCGUUAUGCCGUCGAGAAAAUCAAUGCAAUUAGGGAUAUUCUACCUCGAUCGAGACUCAGCGCUCAGAUUGAGCAAAUUUUACCUCAGGACAGUUUCCACGCAUCGAAAAGAGUAUGUUACCUGUUGAACACUGGUGUUGCGGCAAUUUUUGGCCCACAAAGUGCUCAUACAGCGUCCCAUGUGCAAAGCAUCUGUGAUACCAUGGAGAUACCGCACUUGGAGACGCGCUGGGACUACAGGUUUAGGAAGGAAAGCUGCCUAGUCAAUUUGUAUCCACAUCCCACAACAUUGUCCAAGGCCUAUGUUGAUCUCGUCAAGGCCUGGGGAUGGAAAAGCUUCACAAUAAUCUACGAAAGCAACGAGGGGUUGGUGAGGCUACAAGAGCUUCUGAAGGCUCAUGGACCCAGUGACUUUCCAAUCGCAGUUCGGCAGCUUACCGAGGGUGACGAUUAUCGGCCGUUACUGAAGCAAAUAAAGAAUUCAGCAGAAUCACAUAUCGUACUGGAUUGUUCAACAGAAAAAAUUCACGAAGUACUGAAACAGGCCCAACAAAUUGGCAUGAUGAGCGACUACCACAGCUAUCUUAUUACCUCACUGGACCUACAUAGUGUAGAUCUCGAGGAAUUUAAAUAUGGAGGGACAAAUAUCACUGCCUUUCGAUUAUUGGAUCCCGAAAAGCCGGAGAUACAGAAUACUAUUCUAGAAUGGAUCUAUGGCGAACAGAGAUAUGGCCGUCAUUUGCAGUUGGGCCAAGGAACCAAUAAGAACAAUAUCACAACUCUCAAGACUGAAAUAGCUUUGAUGUACGAUGCUGUGCACCUGUUUGCCGAAGCCCUCCACGUAUUGGAUUCAUCCCAGCAAAUAGACAUCAAACAACUGUCCUGUGACUCCAGUGAUACAUGGUCACAUGGUUACUCACUCGUCAAUUACAUGAAAAUCGUGGAAAUGACGGGACUAACGGGACUGAUAAAAUUCGAUCAUCAGGGGUUCAGAUCGGACUUCAUGCUUGAUAUAAUUGAGCUCAAUAGCAAAGAGGGAUUGAAGAAAAUAGGCACGUGGAAUAGCACUGAAGGUGUGAAUUUCACUCGUACUUUUGGUGAUGUUUAUACCCAAAUUGUGGAAAGUCUGCAGAAUAAGACUUUUAUCGUCACAACGAUUCUGAGUGCACCGUACUGUAUGCUCAAAGACUCGAGCGAAAAACUUCAAGGGAAUGCACAAUAUGAAGGAUAUAGUAUCGAUCUCAUUCAUGAGAUUUCGAAAAUAUUGGGAUUCAAUUAUACAUUUCGCCUCGUGCCGGAUAAAAAAUAUGGAUCUUACAACAAAGAAACUAAAGAAUGGGAUGGCAUGAUAAAGGAACUAUUGGACCAAAAAGCUGAUCUGGCUAUUGCCGAUCUAACUAUUACGUACGAUCGCGAACAAGCCGUUGAUUUUACAAUGCCUUUCAUGAAUCUCGGGAUAAGUAUACUGUACCGAAAACCCAUCAAGAAGCCCCCAAAUCUUUUUUCAUUUCUGAGCCCACUGAGUCUUGAUGUUUGGAUUUACAUGGUGACAGCUUAUCUUGGGGUAUCCAUUCUCCUUUUCAUCCUCGCCAGGUUCAGUCCAUAUGAGUGGGAGAAUUCCCAUACUUGCAGCGCACAAUUUGAGGCCUGCGAGAACGAGUUCACUCUUCUCAAUUCGCUCUGGUUCACCAUAGGCUCACUCAUGCAGCAAGGCUCUGAUAUAGCACCGAAAGCAGUGUCAACACGGAUGGUGGCCGGUAUGUGGUGGUUCUUCACUCUUAUCAUGAUUUCAUCGUACACAGCAAAUCUCGCUGCAUUUCUCACUGUUGAGAGAAUGGAAUCGCCGAUUGAAAGUGCUGAGGAUCUUGCUAAACAGACGAAAAUAAAGUAUGGGGCAUUAGCUGGGGGUAGCACGGCCGCAUUUUUUCGGGACUCCAAUUUUUCAACGUAUCAACGUAUGUGGUCCUUCAUGAAAUCUGCCAAACCAGGUGUAUUCACAAAGAAUAACGUGGAAGGGGUGGAGUGGGUUGCAAAAGGCCGGGGUAGUUAUGCCUUCCUGAUGGAAUCCACAUCGAUAGAGUACGUAAUUGAGAGAAACUGCGAAUUAACUCGCGUUGGAACGGAACUUGAUUCCAAAGGAUAUGGAAUUGCGAUGCCCCCAAAUUCCCCGUACAGAACUGCCAUCAGCAGUGCCAUUUUAAAACUUCAAGAGGAAGGGAAAUUGCACAUAUUGAAGACACGAUGGUGGAAGGAGAAACGGGGUGGAGGUAAAUGCCGAGAGGAUAACCAGAAAGGGGGUUCCACUGCAAAUGAACUGGGUUUAGCAAAUGUUGGUGGCGUUUUCGUUGUACUGAUGGGUGGUAUGGGAAUAGCCUGCGUUAUAGCUGUAUGUGAAUUCGUAUGGAAAAGCCGAAAAGUAGCUGUUGAAGAGAGAAUUUUGUAUUGAUUCUAGAAACAGAAAUCUUCAGGAAAACCAAUCUGCGAGGGUUUCACCGAUCUUCACUAAUUGCUUGUAAGCAGAACACGAUUAGUGGUAGUAUUACCAAUAUUGCCAUAAAUUUUUAUCUCAAUUCUAGGUGAUGAAGGAGAAAAACAUGACAUGACUUAUAUCCUGUACACAAAAUUUUUCCUCUCACUUUUUCAUUAAAAUUAAUGGAAUUUUAAAUUAAUUAUGACACAGGGUGGAUAACGCAUUACUAGCCAAAUACAAUCAUACCAAUACAUUUUGCUGAUAGUCAAGUACUAAUACCUAUUGUCUGGUUAAUUUUACACGUAAUCAUUUUUAUUGUUAUUAUUAAAAUUUAGGAGGUCAACAUCGACGCAUUCAUGGACUACUCUUUCAUAUCAAAUCUCAACAUUUGUAAGCUAUUAUGAAGUCAUCAAUACACUUGUAUAUCAAGCCAUAUUCAAAUAAUAAUAAUUAUAAC